GAGGGCGGGCACGGGCGGAGCAUGGAGGCGUUUUUGGGGUGCAAAUACUUGACCAACAGUCGCCUCUUCCGGCUGCAGCUCCAUGAUCCCUUGAUCCGCACACAGGUCCUAACACAGCUCCUCAUCGUCUUGAACUAUGCCUCGGCGGCCACCGCCCUCGCGGUCGCCAGCCCCCCCGCUUCCUCCUCCCCGGCCCCGAACCCUUCUCCUCCCAAAAAGGGCGCGAACGAUUUGGUCAAGCACGCCCGGCGACUGAUCCGGAACACGUCCGCCCAAGGGGCGGUCUAUUUGGGUGUUUUGGACACGGUUUUGCACCGGGAGCAAGCCUGGUUGUCCUGGAAACGUUUGCAACGGUGCGAACCACGGAUUGAGAAGCCCCCCGCGCCCCCCGCCCGGACGGUGCGGACCAUGGAGGCGGUGCGGCAGGCCCUGGCGGGGGCGGGAAAGCCGUCGGGGGUGGUGGCUCAGCAACAGAAAGCGU